CCUGGCUUGAGGAGCAUCAGGCCAACAAGGGUCACGAUGUGACCUUGCAUGCCAUCCGGUCCGGUUUUAGAGAGUUCGCGCGCGACGUGGGUUGGGACUGAAUUUAAAAAACUGAAGGAAGCCGCAGAGAAGUUAUGUGCCGGCGCCAAUGAAGGUGCCAAAGUCGUGGCCACAACAGAGGCCGCAGCACGUCCCCGCAAAGAGCCAGUAAAGCUCAAAUUCCUUGACGCUGAUAGCGGGGAGAAGGACGAUAGCUUUGAUAACUGGGAGGCCAAUAUCAAUACAUACGUAUAUUUGCAGCAUAUCGCCCCCGAGGAGCAGGUCCUUGUCGCCUUCCAUGUGUUAAAGGACAAAGCGGCCAGCUUCGCCAGGUCCCUUGCGCGCGCCGCUGAUUGCGAGCAUAACAUGAUUGCUUAUUCUAGGUUGACCCCUCUUUCCACUCUUCUCAAACUCCUGCGUGAGAGGUUCGCUGACGUCACAAGAGGCGUCAGGGCCUUUGAUAAACUUCAAAUCCACUCGCGACAGUGGAAGAGUGCGCGAACACUCAAAGUUGUCAUGGAUGACUUAGUAGCCGUCCCGGACCACGGGGUCACUGACACCUCGCUGGUCCAGUUGUUCUAUCGUGCCAUGCCAGAGCCCUUGAGAGGGCACUUCUUUGACAAGACCCAACAGCCUAACAUCACGUAUGACGCGUUGAGUGGGGAAGUGGUCUUGUUUGAGGCCAAGUCCAUGCCAGUUUCCAGUUUCUGGCACAAGGACUUAGACAAGGGCAAAAAGUGGAAAGGCCGUACCAUCUUUGGCCAAGUUAGGGCCAAGGAUCAUCUGAUCCUUACUUUAGACGAAGGUGGUACAAACGAGGUUCCCUGCUGGCAGAUUGAGUGGGGACUCGAGGAGGAGGACAGUAGCGUAGGUCAGGGGAGGUCCUAUGCAGCUGUCGUGGCUGGAGGGAGGCCGCAAAGUAGAGGAGGAGGCCGGGGCCAAAGCGGCCAGGCCACGGGAGGCCGAGGAUCGGGCGCACAUGGGGUUGGCUGUCAAGGGAACCGUCAAGUGGGAGGUAGGGGUCAAGGUCCCCCACAGAAUCGUCGAGUUCCCAGUCGGUCCCCACAGCGACGAGGUGGAACCGCAGUGGUAAAAAGUGAAACCGCAGCAGAGGCAACUUCCGUAGCAGGGACCGCAGCGGAGGCAACUUCCGUAGCAGGAACUGCCGGAGUGAAACUCGGAGUUGAAAGAGCAGCAGUAGAAAAUGCAGCAAUGGAGACCACAGCGGUGGAAGCGGCGGCGGUGGGAACCGCAACAGUGAGAAUUGCAUUAGCAGCUGAUGAACAAGCAGUGACAGGACGAGAGCGAUGUGGGGAUAAAGAAGAAAUAGCGAGAGGAACAAACUGCGACGGGGAUGUCAAGAAGCCGACUACUGAGGAGGGCAUAGGUGUACACUGCACCGUGGCUAGGAGGCGCCGUGGGGGGACUGAGCACGACGCUGGCGGGAAAGAUUGCGGCAGUGUAAGGGCACCGCGAGGGGGUAUGACCGUCCUGGCGGGAUCGCAAACACCCACGGUGGCCAAUAAUGGCCGCGCGCUCCUCAGCGGAAAGGACACCACGAGGAGAGAUAAAGCCCUGAGGGAGGUCCUGCUGAGGGACCUCGGGGGGCGACGCGCCAACGUGACCGGAGCGGCUGCGUGCCUGGGAGAGGGUGGAGAGGAUGAGCUGGAGGCGCUCGGCCAUAGGGAGAGGAGAGCCGAGGUCGAGGUCGUCGCUUUGGUCACCCUCUGGCAACAGCGGGGCGACAGCGUCCUGCUCACCAUACUCGAGCGUGCUGAAGCGGCGCGAGAAGUGGCGGCCCUGCUGCGCGGAACGGUGGGGGCGACCGAGGAAAGGGGAACGGUGCUGGGAAGUGCCGUGAGAGGAGGGGGCAUAACCAGUACGCUGAGGCUGGGAGGAGGAAGUGUGUUGAAGACGGGCCCGCAUCCGCUGAUGGUCCUUGGCGGCCUCGUUAGCCUAUGGGGCCGAUAGCAACAGGCACAGGCGGAGGUGGUGAUGAAGGUAGAAGGCGAACGGCCUUUAGCCUCCACUCCCCCUCCUCCACCUCGGACUGCUACUCAGCGGUUGAAGAGGGAACUAGAAGAACAAUUGCGGCAGCAAGAGGCCAGACUGGCAGAAGUGGCACAGCAGGAGGCUGCUGAACUAAAGGCUGCAACAAAUCAUUCCAGGAGAGAAUAUCUGUUGCAGCAGCUAGAAGGGUCGCUCACUGAUGAUCGUUGCUCCCAGAUCACCAAGCACAUGGCAGAGAUGAUCCUGUUGGAGCACAAGAUGACCAGCUCCCAGUUUACAAACUGGGAUGAUCGUUUUGUGCGGCUGGAGCGUCGGGUUGACGAGCUGUCAGCUCAGCAGACCAAGAUCCUGAAGUCUAUUCAGGGCUUGACUGCUCAGCUGGCAGCCGCCAAGCUGAUCAUCAGCCCCCUCUGCUGCAGCCCAAAGCUUCUCCUCACUCUUCACUCCCUUCCUCACCACCUGCAUCCCAUGCUGGUUCUGCACUUCAAGAUCUUCUCAGAUCACUCCUCCUUGCAGUGGAUGAAGUCGCAGGGAGAGUUGAACGAUAAGCUGGCACGGUACAUUCAGUUCAUCAAUAUGUUCGACUUUGAACUGAAACAUAAGAAGGGCUGCUACAAUAAGGUAGCAGAUGCCCUCUCUCGUAGGCCUGACUCUUUUGCUUUGAUCUCCUCUACUCACUCCUUUGAAGAGGAGAACCAUCAGACCAUUGCUCGUCUACUGCCUCAGGACGAGACUUUCGGACCCAUUGUCAGGAAUCUGCAAGCAGAUCCUAACUCUGAACAAGGCUAUGCUGUGAGUUCAGACCUGCUGUACACUUGCAGCAGAGGUGAGGAGCGCUUGUGCAUUCCCCAGGACCAGCGGCUCAGGACACUGUUGCUGUUAGAGUGUCAUGAUGCCCGUGGACACUUCGGGUUCCUAAAGUCUUAUGCAGCCCUGUCGCAGCACUUCUUCUGGAAGGAGAUGCGGAGUGAGAUGCUGCGUUAUGUGAACACAUCUAGGCAAGACCACCCCUACGCAGAGUUCAUCCCCUUGCCAGAGGUAGCUAGGGUACCGGCUGUGAGAGCAGCCUUUUUUGAGAAGUGGGUCACACACCAUGGACCGCUCACUUCUAUUGUUAGUGAUCGAGACCCCAGAUUCUGCAGCGAUGAGUGGCAGUCCUACUGUAAGGACUAUCUGCACUCUCGACUGGACAUGACUUUUGGUCAUCAUCCUAAAGCCAAUGGGUUGGCUGAAGUGAUGAACCAAGUCUUAUUCCAGCUGCUGCGUCCUGUCAUCUCUCCAGAUCAACAAGACUGGGAUCUUCACUUGGCGAGGGCACAACUCAUGUAUAACAUGUCUGUCCACUCCUCAACAGGGUUCAGUCCCUACCGGUUACACUGGGGACGUGAACCACAGCAGCCUCUCGAUGACAUCAUCGAUAAGGCUAAGCCUGAUCUGACACCAGGCACAACAGAGUUCACCAAACAUUAUCGUCUAGAUGUGGAAAGAGCCCGYGCGAACUUGUUCAAAGCCCAAAAGGCUAUGAUUGAACAAGCUAACCGCUACAGGCGGCCUUCCCCCAUCCGCACCGGUGACGAUGUCUGGGUGGCCACCUCUGAGCUGUCGAGGGAGGAGGAUAUCUCUCCCAAGCUGUUGCCACGUUACCUGGGUCCAUGGCAGGUCCUAGAUACAGUGGGCGCUGAUCCCUUCGGACCGUCGUAUGUUAUCGACGUCCCUCUGCAUUUGCGCACCUACCCGGUUUCCAUGCAUCCAAGCUGCUGCCUUUCACCCCAGCUGAUGCAUUUCGACACCGGCCCCCUCAGUUUGGUCCGCCAAUCCCUGGUAAGGGAUAUGACAUUGACCGGAUUGAGGAUGAGUGGGGCACAGGCCCCGAUCGGCAGUAUCUUGUCAGCGCUCACACGCUGGCCAGCGAGCAGAGAAGGAGCAGGGAGCCAUAGCCAAGCUGCACUGCUGGUAGCUGGGUGUGGCGCAGGGUGGUCCUUCGGUGUGAGUGGCAUCUGUGUGUUGAGGAAAGAGGUUGUGAGUGAAGCGAAAGACUUACCUGGUGCUGGAAGCAUGCGGCAUUGCCCGCGAUCUGCUGUUUUCGGUACUCCUAGAGUGGGAGAUUGGGCGAGAGAUUAUCUACAGCAGAGGGAUAUUGAUGAGGGCAUUGUUGAUGUGACCGGCGUCGACGUCGGUGUGGGUUCAGACACGGGUGACGAAGUCGAGGCUUUGCCAUUGCGAAGAGAAGGAAGCGAGUCGAGUGAUGUCGUCGGCGGCGGGUCGAGAAGUCCUGGUUCUCCGCUCGAGCCAUCACGUCUUCAGUUUAGCGAUUCGUACGUAGUGAUGGCGGCAGCUCAGACGAAGGUGUCGGCGUUGGCAGUUACGUCGCAUCGCAGGACGUCUCUAUCGCGUAAACGUACGGGGUUCGCAGCACGUCAGCAGGCCGCUGCCGACUCUGCAGCAGCCGCAAGGCAGCAGCAGCAGAAGCUCGAGGCAAGUCAGACUCAGGCUCGGUUCGAGGCUGCCAUGAAUCUUCUCAACGAAGAAGCCACAUACGGCAGAGUACUUCGACAGCAGCACUUUCGGGCAACUGAGGAGCAAGACGAACCAACCGAGGACGAGAGAAACAGGGAAACUACAGCAGUCGUGAUAGAGAACCUGCUGUACAUGUGCAAUUGGCAACGACGUGAACUGUUGGCUAUGCGGCAGGUCCUCAUCCGCCAUGAAGGCAACUUCAAGGCAAUGGAUCAGAACAUCACAGCCCUGCAGGCCGAUACCGGCAUGCUGCAGGCCGUCGACAGCCAACAGCAGGCCAUCAACGACCGACUGCAGGACUCCGUCGAUGCCGGGAUGGCACGACUGUCCGCAGUCGAGUCAAUGGGCGGUGCAGUUUCAGACAGCAGCCCAGUUUUGGCCGCCCAAGCCAAACAGCUCGAUGAGCGGGUCAACCACUUGGUCACAUCCCUCGGCGACAUCAGCAAGUUUGCUGGAGCAUUGACAGUCAGCAAUCAGCUGCAGACGCUCAGCGACCGUGUUGACAAACGACCGGCCGCUGCGGCCAAGGAAUGGAAGAUGCGGAACUUCAAGAUCGAGAAGUUCGACGAUUACCAUAAGACGGAUCCGCUGCAAUGGUGGAUGGCGUUCAACGCGGAGGCCGACGUACAUCAUCCUCCGCCCCUACGGCGGAUGGACGCAUUGUACCUCCAACUUAUAGGCGGGGKGCAAGCAUUCAUGACGCACAUGGCCGUCAUGCUCGAAUGUACCAUCGCCACCCUCCACACAAAGAUCGCGUGGGAGGAGUUUGAAAAGAAGUGGAAGACCCGGUUCAUGGUGAACAACGACAAGCGUCACGCCUUGAACAAGAUCUUCCACAUCUUCCAAGGCCAGCAACCUUUGCGGGAAUGGCCGACGGAGUGUACCAUCGCCACCCUCCACACAAAGAUCGCGUGGGAGGAGUUUGAAAAGAAGUGGAAGACCCGGUUCAUGGUGAACAAUGACAAGCGUCACGCCUUGAACAAGAUCUUCCACAUCUUCCAAGGCCAGCAACCUUUGCGGGAAUGGCCGACGGAGUGGCGAAGACUCGUCGCCACCCCGAAGUUGAACCUGCUGUUCGACUCAACCCAAGGCGAGUUCUUCGCCCGAUCUUGCGACGCCUUGGCAGCUGCUCUCGACAGCGAAUUCGAGGAUAAGAACUUUGACGACAUGAUCGCCAAGGGUAGAGAACUUAUCCAAGGUAACCGGUGUGCGGCCAAUGAGACCUGCCAACAGCCCGGUUACGUGGAGAAAGGCAAGGGACAACGGACGCGGCAAGUAACAGCAGUCCAACAAGGAACAAGUGAGGACCAUGCAGCCGCUUCUACAUCAAGUGACGGAGAUGUGGCGUGCCUGCUUCGACAAGGACAAGGAAAAUGUCAUACGUUCGGGCUCGGGAAACUGAGCACCGCGGGCAGUGCAACGACAACAUUUCCCAGUUUGCCGGAGUCGGCUGCCUUGCUAGCAGCCUCUCUCACAUUCAGGGACACAGCAGUAGUCGCAAGUUCUCGCGUUGAGUUUGAGAACUAUGCUGUCGAGCUGGUCCCACCGUUGAACCAGCCUCUCCACGUGCACGACUCAAGCGUAUGCGCGGCAGUUCCGCCGUCGGACAAUGAACCGGUUGCUUCGCCAGCCCUUCUAUCGGAGGACCCAUCAACUUGGACGAGACUUGAGGAUCUCGAUCCGUUGAUGGUUAAGGACUUCCAAUGGUUGCCUCUUCCCUUCACCGGUUCUUUGCCAACUCCGCAUUGCAAUGCCUUAAUGGCACAUCUACGCGAAUACUUGCACGCUGCAGUACCACCUCCGUCGACGGACGGCGGAGUAGCGGUUGUUGACCUUCGUAACUAUCUUGCGAAGAUCAACCGCGAGUACGCAACGCAACGGUACGUCGACAACGAUGCGCCGCUCCUCUACAUCCGCAUUCAGAUCGGAAAGGCAACCUGCAAUGCCUUGAUCGAUUGUGGAGCGACUCGCAACUACAUCAGCCAAGACUACAUGGCACGCGUCGGGCUGGGCUCGCGCGUUCGAAGGAAAAGUCAGCCUACGCACGUCACGUUUGUCGAUGGUCACACGCAAAAGUCAAUCGACCGAUGCGUUGACUUGGUGCCCGUGUACUUUGCCGCGCUAGCAUGCGAGGCCGUGUCUUUCGACAUAUUGGACACCAAGUUCGAUAUGAUCCUAGGCAUGUCGUGGCUGCAAAGCGAAGACCAUCCCGUGAACUUCCAUCGACGCACCGUUCACGUUCGUGAUCGGCACGGCGAACUAGUCCCCUAUGAGGAUGUCUUUCAAGCUCCCGCCGGAGUCGUACCGGAUCGGCCCAUACGCCACGGGAUCACUCUCGAGGACGGCGUCGUACCUCCGCGCGGAUGUAUCUACUGCAUGAGCGAAGAGGAACUUCAAGUGCUUCGGGCACAACUAGACGACCUCUUAGCCAAGGGCUGGAUUCGCCCUAGCUGUUCGCCAUACGGUGCUCCCGUUCUCUUCGUCCGGAAGAAGAACAAGGACCUUCGUUUGUGCAUCGAUUAUCGGAAACUUAACGCGCAAACAAUCAAGAAUGCCGGCCCUCUCCCUCGGAUCGAUGAUCUUCUCGAGCGACUCGGCGGCGCCAAGUACUUCUCGAAGCUCGACCUCAAGUCCGGAUAUCAUCAGAUUGAGAUCCAGCCAAGAGAUCGGUACAAAACCGCUUUCAAGACGCGUGUGUUAUGCAAUCAGGCAAACCGGUUGGCGGAAAUGCUGAAUGCAGCAAAGGAAGAAAACUCCAAACUAAAGGAAGAGAUGGAGGCAAAGAUGGCGUUGCUUGUUCCUCAACGUGACAAGGCUGUUCGAGAUCUGGCCAGGCUGAAGGAGCAUCUUCUGGCCAAGGAAAACGCUGAUUCAGAAAAAAUGGAUGAGGACAGGGAAAGAAUUGGGCAACUUGAGGAAAGGGCUCAAGCAGCCGAGGAGAAGGCUGCCAGCCUCUCACAUUCAUUGAUGGAAUUACAAGCCAGACUAAAGGAGAAUCUCUCAGGGUCAUCUGAAGAGAUCUUGAAGCUAAGUAGCGAGGUUGAGACCCUCCGUUUGAAUCUGGCAGAGUGCAUGAAAGUCAUCGAGCUGAAGGACACUGAGGUGUUGAAUUUGCAGAGUGCUCUUGGAGCCUUCUAUGCCGAGCGAGAUGCUCAGCGCCCAGACUACAAAUGGCAGAUCCUAUCUAGCCUAUCUGCAAUGCCGCUGGUGACGUCAACAGCUUCCCGAAGUUUGAGCAGAUUUUGGCCAAUGCCGUUCGCAUCGAGCACCAGACUCAAGUACUGGAAUUUUGAACCGAACGGCGACGAGGCAACACCGGAAGAGAAGCACAAGGAGUUCCUCUCCAAACUCGUGACGCGGUUGUUGUAUGCUUGCAACUACCAACGGUCAGAGUUGGAGAGACAGUACCGGGACCUGACACAACAACAUCAGGAGUUGGCGACGCUCCGCCGCACAGUGCAGGGCCACGAGGAUGCAACUCGGGCACUCAAUGCCCGAUUGUUGGACCUGGAACAGGCUGUACCAGGACCAGGUGCUGGGGCUUCCAGCAGUGCACCCUCUAGCCGCCAACAGGAGGACCUCGUUGACCACGUAGUGGCAAUGCUCGGCGACAUCAGCACUUUCGCUGCGCCAACCACCACCAUCAGCAGUCAGCUGCAUACAUUGAAGACCGAGGUCCAGCAGCUACAGACGACGAACGCAAAUGGCAACCCGAAGAUGUAUAAGAUGCCAACGUUCACUCUGGAGAGGUUCGACGACUACACGCAGCAGGAUCCGGUCCUCUGGUGGGAAGCAUUUACAACGCAACUCAAGAUUCUGCCCGUAGACAAGCAUGCAUACAUCGGCGCCAUGUUCCUGAACCUCCCACGGCGAAUGCCAGACCUGGUUGACCCACCUGGCAACCUCCCACGGCGUCAACAUACCAGACUUGAAGGACGUAAUCACAUGGGAGGAACUGACACGACUGUGGAAGAAGCGGCUCAUGGUCGACGACGCGCCAGCACUCGCCAUCAACCGACUGUUCACCAUGUCACAGGGCAAGACAGCAACACGGGACUGGCUCACGGAGUGGUAGAAGAUUGCGGCUGUGCCCAAUCUGAACUUACCAUUCGAGCAUCUACGCCGACAGUUUCCAUGGUUCAAGUUUGGCUUGACCGAGGCGGAGUACAAGGUCCGCGGCCGCUGCGGCAACUGCUAUUGGUGCAACAGCACCAAGCACAAGACCUCCCUGUGCCAAGAUCAGGGCAAGGAGGAUAUGCGACCCCGCCUCAGCUCGGGAAACUGAGCUCCGYGGAAGGUGAGGCGACUCCACCUUCUACUCCGCCAGAUUYGGCCGCCUUGCUAGCGGCCUCCUGCACAUCUGGGGAGGAUGCGAAUGUCGCAAGUCCUCGGUACACUUACGAGGACUAUGCUGUCCACUUGGUUCCACCGCUGGACCAACCGCUCCACGUGCAACAAUCCAGCGCAUGCACGGUUUCAUCACCAUCGGCAACCGAUUCGGCAGCUUCGCCGCAAUCUAUUGCCGAGGAUUCGACGUCAUGGUCAAGACUUGAAGAGCUCGACCCAUUGACGUUCACGGACUUCCAGUGGAUGCCCGUUCCCUCGACCGGACGAUUGCCAAAACCGCAUUGCAACGUGCUUAUGGCACAAUUGCGGGACUACUUCCACACUGCAGAACCAGCUCCGUUGAUGGAUGCCGGAGCAGAGGUUGUCGACCUUCUCGCGUACAUCGCAAAGAUCGACCGCGAGUUCAAGACGCAACGGUACGACGACAUCGACGCACCAUUGCUGUACAUACGCAUUCAGAUCGGAGAGGCGACCUGCAGUGCCUUGAUCGAUUGCGGAGCAACUCGCAACUACAUCAGCCAGGACUUCAUGGUAUGCGCCAGCCUUGGCCCACGUGUCCGGAGGAAGUCCCAACCUACGCAAGUCACGUUGGCAGACGGUCAUACGCACAAGUCAAUUGACCGGUGCAUUGACGCCGUCCCCGUGUACUUUGCCCCUCAUGCAAAUGAGGCGGUGUCCUUCAAUAUUCUGGACACCAAAUUUGACAUGAUAUUGGGCAUGUCAUGGCUGCGAAGCGAGGAUCACCCGGUGAACUUCUUCAAACGCACCGUUCACAUUCGUGAUCGGAACAGAGUAUUAGUUCCAUGCACGACGAUCAAGAACGCCGGCCCUCUCCCACGCAUCGACGGCCUUCUCGAGCGAUUGGGCGGCGCCCAGUUCUUCUCCAAGCUGGAUCUCAAGUCAGGGUACCACCAACUCGAGAUUCGCAAGGAGGACCGUUACAAGACCGCAUUCAAGACACGGUAUGGGCAUUUCGAAUGGCUGGUUAUGCCAUCUGGCCUUACGAAUGCCCCGGCCACUUUCCAAGCGGCUAUGACAACGGAGUUCAGACAACGGAGUUCAGACACAUACGUACUUAUCUAUCUCGACGACAUCCUGGUAUACAGCCGGAGUUUGGAGGAGCAUGUGGAACACAUGCGCACCGUUUUGGAGCGGCUACGACAGGCCCAGUACAAAGCCAACCGCGACAAGUGUGAAUUCGCGCGGCAGGAGCUGGAGUACUUGGGCCAUUAUGUGACGCCGCAAGGCAUCCGUCCACUCGCGGACAAGAUCGAGGCCCUACGAGUAUGGCCCGAGCCCACCAACACCACGGACGUUCGAUCAUUCAUGGGAUUGGCGGGCUACUAUCAGCGAUUCAUCACCGGAUACUCCAGGAUUGCUGCACCUAUGACGAGGUUACAGUCGCCAAAGGUGCCAUUCGUAUUCGAUGACGACGCACGCCGGUCAUUCCAAGCAGUUGAGACGGCCAUGCUCAUGGCACCCGUCCUCAACAUCUAUGACCCCACCUUGCAGACGAGAGUGACUACAGACGCUUUCGCCUAUGGCAUUGGGGCAGUCUUGGAACAGCAGGACGGCGACGACUGGCACCCUGUGGAGUAUUUCAGCCACAAAGUGCCUCCCAUCAACUCGCUUGAUGAUGCAAGGAAGAGGGAGCUACUCGCGUUCGUCAUGGCUCUCAAGCGAUGGCGGCACUUCCUCCUUGGGCGUCGUAGGUUCACAUGGGUUACGGACAACAAUCCAUUGACCUACUACAAGACGCAUGAUACGGUGAGCAACACGAUCGGACGAUGGAUGUACUCCAUCGACCAGUUUGACUUCACACCGAAACAUCUUCCCGGCCUCUCAAAUCGCGCAGCAGAGGCACUCUCCGACACUUCAUCCGGGCAUAUGAGUCUGAUCCGGACUUCGGCACGCUCUAUGCACAACUAUCUUCGGAUCACCCGCCGACCAGCCAUUACCGCAUUGCCGACGGGUACUUGCUCCUCCACUCGAGAGGCAAGGACUUACUAUGUGUCCCACGCGACCGUCGUCUUCGGACUCGCCUCCUCGACGAGUAUCAUGAUUCGCGACUCGCCGGCCAUUUCGGAGUCAACCGCACUAUUGCACGGCUUCGACAGCGAUUCCGAUGGCCCGACCUCAUUACCGAUGUCACUUGGUAUUGCGACUCUUGCGAAGUUUGCCAACGCAGCAAGCCCCGCAACCGCAAUCCCUACGGCGAGUUACACCCGAUGCCUAUCCCACGGGAACCCGGUCUCUCCAUUGCCAUGGACGUCACCGGUCCGUUCCCUCGCAACCCGGCUCGGGCACGACGGCAUCCUCACGGUGGUGGACCGAUUGAGUAAGUACGCGCGUCUUCUUCCUUGCAAGUACUACUCCACGGCUCCCGAGCUGGCACGCCUCCUGCACACUGGUUGGAUUUGUGGCCACAGUGUACCAGUAGACAUUGUCAGCGACCGCGACACUCGUUUCAUGUCGGCUUUUUGGACUACUCUCAUGCAGGAGUCCGGCACAACAAUGAAACCAAGUUUGGCUCGACAUCCUCAGACAAACAGGCAGACUGAGCGGGCACAUCAAACCGCUCGAAUGAUGCUUCGUACGCUCAUCCGUCCGGACCACAAAGAUUGGGUUGACCGCCUCCCCGACAUCGAGUUCCCCUACAAUACUUCGGUGCAUCUGGCGAUCGACGUGACUCCAUUCGAGUUGCACCACGGUGGACGGAAAGGGCGGAUCUUCGCAGACCUUCUCCUCCCUCGACCAGCCGACAUUGACGCUGCCUGCUCUCCCGCUUCCGUCCGGAAGUACAGGGAAUUGCUGACUCAAGCCCGCGCAAAUAUGCAAAAGGCUCAAGUCCGCAUGCAGCAGCAAGCCAACAGGCGUCGCGUACCAUGUUCCAUCCGCGCCGGUGAUCUGGUUUGGGUCUCCGCGGAAGAGUUUGCACUGGAACAGGAUGUUUCACGCAAACUGCUUCCCAAGUGGUUUGGACCUUGGUCUGUGACAGCAGCUGAGGGCGAUGAGCCCGAUGACCCUUCAUUUGUGAUCAAGAUUCCAGAGCAUAUGACGGUCCAUCCGGUCUUCCACGCCUCGAAGCUGGCAACAUACACGCAAGCAAAGAGCGACGACUUUCCGGACCGACGAUCGGAGGACCCUCCUAUGGAUGGCCAUCUAAAGUUGACCGCGUCAUCUCCGAUCGCAAGUACGGCAGCAAGCCGCGGCAGUACAAACUUCCUGAAGUACGAGCAGAUCUCGGCCAAUGCUGUUCGCAUCAGGCACCAGGAUACAAAGAUGUCCGACGCAGAUGGAAUCGAGUGGGGCCCGGAUGCUACGCCGGAGGAUUUUGUCAAGGCAAAAGAGAAAAUAGAGUUAGUACGGCUACAGGUGCCGAAGGUUGACAUCUUCCUGUUUAAAGGAGAGAGGGUAUCUGAAUGCUUAGAGAUGUUCGAGCAAUUUACGAGCGAGGCAUCUGAGGCAGACAAGCUCAAAAUGCUGCCUAGAUAUGUCUGGUGGGAGAUUCAGCCUGAGAUAAUGAAGGUGGCUGCAAGAGCAGCAGGGGUUUGGGUGAGUUUCAAGGACGAAAUGCAAAGGCGCUUUAAGUUAGGGGAUGGUCUGCUAACGAAGGCAGACCUGGAAAUGUUACAUCGGAAUGAGUUCACCACUGUGGGUGCAUUGGCGACGGCCUUUGAGGAGAUGGCGAGAAAUGGCGGAGGAGAAGCAGUCCACAACCUUCCUAGGGCACUUCACAAAUUGGGAGGCCUCUCCGCUGACCAAGAAGGGCAUUUCACAAAUUGGGAGUUGGGAAGGGCGCCACAGGCAGUCAGGACAAGGGCUAAGGGGCCAGUGAGCUCCGAUGAGCCAGCGAAAGAUGUUCCUGUGCCUAGUGGGGAGAAAGGGACUGUGGACAUCCUGGAGGAUGAGGAUGAGGAGGAUGAGAGGUUGAGGAGAGAAGAGGAUAAGAGAGUCGAGCAGAGGGCCAAAAAGAGGGUUGUUAAGACAAACACAGACAGAGUUCCAGAAGGGAAGAAGAAGAAGUACACCGUCCGAGUGGAAGACGGGUAUGAUGUGGAGGAAAUGAUGGACAAAAUCCUUGAGGGCCAUAAUCACCUUAUGAACCUGAAGGAUGUCCUGGCUUCAACAACAAGGCUUCGAGAUGAACUCAAAGCACUACUAUCCAGAAAAAUAGUGGCUAGCGUGCGUCUGGGGGCCAUAAUCCCCAAGGAAGCAGAAUGGGCGGAGACAGGCACGAAGAUGGACCGGAAGUCCGUCGCAUGUGGUCAUGUACGACGGCCGGACAUAGUCCUCAAGCCGUAUAUCGAAGAAGAUUCAUGGGGGAUACCUGGAGUAGAAUGGAUGAUGGAUUUGGCCCUGGCAGACAAGUACCAGUUGCGAGAGGAUCUGGUCACAUUGGAGAACGGACCCCAGCAGGUGGAAAAGCAAGAACGAUUAAUAGGUGGAAUGUACCUUCUGGCAAACUCGCUGCUUCAGGAUGAAGUUGCUAGGAUUGAGGAGGAAAGGCAAAAUAGGGAAGAUAAUGUGGUCCACGAAGGAGAGGAUGACGAUUUUGAAGAAGGAGAGAUAAAAGAGGCAUUUCGCGCAGAAGAGUAUGACGGAGUAUAUCUGGAACUGGGGAUGCUCCUUUCAUGUGAAAUAAGAGAAAGAGAUGCUAGCGAAACAGUCCUUAAAAUGCGACCAAAUUUCUUGGUGAGAGACGGUCAUUUGUUCAUGAGAAGUAAAGGAAGGAAUCCCAGAAGGGUGGUCUGUGGCGUAAAUCGACAGAUUGACGUUAUGGCCGCCCUUCAUGAUGGAACGGCAGGUGGUCAUGGGAGCGCAAAUGCGAUGUACUUAAUGAUUCACGACUUAUAUUAUUGGGAUGGCAUGGGACACAUGAUUGGCAAUUAUUGCUUGACAGCCAUGCCAAGAGGGAAGGGCAGGGCAAGGCCGAUGGAAGCCCCACUGAGGACUACCAGACAGGGGGGGCAGCAGAAGACCACCAGAGAGAGCAGGUCUCCUAUUUUCGAUGGAGGGAGUGUAAAGAUGUUUUUGGCCAGGUUUGAAGCUCAUGCCAGUGAGCAUGGUUGGGGAGUGACUAGGAUGCUGACAGAGGUACGAGUCAGUGGCGAGUGGGCUGAGCCGAUUGCGAGGUUCGCCAGGGAGUCGCUUACUUGGCAGGAGUUUGAGAGGAAGAUGGAGGGACUGCACCCGUCGCCUGUGGGAAGAGACGAAUCGCCUAUUCGCUUCGACUCCUCCAACUUGGAGGAGUUCCCUUGGGCUUAUGAUCUGUUUGCAGAUGAACAAAACAUUUUGCCUGAGAAGAGAGUUGGAGGGUGUAUCCAGUUUGUGAGGAGAGCCAUCAGGCGAGGGAUGGAAAGGAAGAGGAGAGAGCUAGAAGGAGCAGAGGGACGAGCAAUUGGACAUAAAGCACCCCAUGGGACACGAGGAGAGGGGAAAAGAAGGAAGGGGUACACAACUCACAGGCAUGAAAUGAAAGAAGGACAGACAAUUAACGAAGCACAAAGAGGAGACUCAGAUGAUCCAGAACCACCUCCAGAGCAUGAUCAGAUACCUGAUCAUUAUCCUGAACCAGAGAAAAAACUUGAUCAGCCAGACUCAGAUGAUCCAGAACCACCUCCAGAGCAUGAUCAGAUACCUGAUCAUUGUCCUGAACGAGAGAAAAAACUUGAUCAGCCUCCUGUGUCGGCAGAGCGAGAUCAGCAGGAGGAGGAAGUUGCCAAGAAGAAGGAGAUGGACAGGAUUGAGAGGGCUGCAACGGAAAAGGAGAUCAGAAUCCAGAUCAGGCUGAAGAAUCUGGUAGAAAUGAGAGACAAAAUGCAGCAGGGAAAACCACCAGUAGAGGUGGAAGGCCAGAAGACUGCAAAGAAGGAUGAUCCUCCUCUACUCACAGAGGUCUGGGAAGGGUUUGACAGGUUGAUGGAGGCUGCAGGCAGACCCACAGAGAGGCGCCAGGAGAUAGGGGUUAAGUUGGUCUCCACAGACUUACUUAGCCUGAAGAGUCUCAUGAAGGAAGGGUUUGGAGCAACAAAGCCAUCUGAUGAGAAGAUAGGGAGGCGAGUGACAAAGGUAGCACAAGCUUCUCAUGGUCAGAGGGUGGACUGGGAAAGAGAGAUUGAAGAUCUGAAGGAGGAAGUAAAAAGGCAAGGAAAGGAGGUGGAGGCUAUAGAAACAGACAUGGUAGACAUGUUGGCAGAGAAUGGAGCCCUCAAGCUGGUCAAUCAGACCCUCAUCCAAGUCAGUGAGGUACUGAGGAGGCAUAUCCAGACCCAACAGGCUUCAUCCCAGGCAAAGGAGGCAGAGUGGGAGAGAAGAUUGAAGGACAUGGAGUCCAAGGUGGAGCGCCAGGUUCCUACUGCACUGGUGGAUUGGACAGAGGUACAGAGUUAUGGGAUCGGAGGGCAGCCUGCUGAGGAGCUCUUCCAAGCCAAGAAGAAGGAAGGAGGAGGUGAACAGCAGAAGGGAGAGGAGAUUCCUCUGUUGGACAAGCUAAUGAUGGAGCCAGAUGAGAUACUGGCACGAAAGCAGUCUGAGGGUGGAAAAUUUGAGUGGCAGGCCCCUACUUCCUUAGCAGUCGAGCGAGGGCCAACAAUUGAGGAUGACAAGCAGUCAGGGGAGGCCGCAAAGGUUGAGUAUGCUAUGCCUACGACAGAAGCAGAGGUGGUAGGAGAAAAGAUGGACCACCUCGGGCAGCAUGUGUCUUUGAGCCUAGGGCGGGACAUAAUGGCCAUUGUGGCCACGAGCCGGUCCUGGAAAGAAACCCAGGAUGUGAUGAUGAGAAAAUAUCUGGCAGCAGAGAAGAUGGCGACGGAGGCCGAUUUAGCUGUAGUCCAGAGGAAGAACUUCGCAACGUACAAUGACUUCCUACGGGAGUUUACUUUGGUAGCACUAAGAAUCCCCGGGGUUAUGGACCGAAUAAUGAAAAUGAUAGGCAUGCACUUGCACGACGGCUCAUACAUGGUAGACAUAGAGGACCCAGUGACCGGCCGGGGAGAGCUCCUCCGACUCCUUGGAAUGGGAGGAGACCCCCCGAAGGGGAAAUUGGCAACAUGGUCGCCGUCGUUUGAGGAUAGCACGCGAAAAAGGGCUUUCGGUCGGAUGGAAGGUAUGGGAGAAAGGGUAGAAAUCAUGAUUGAGGAAGCAUUCAACAAGGAGUGGAUCAAGAUGGGCCUGCCCCAGAAGAAGAGGAGGCAGAAGGACGAAGUCCUAGGUGUUAUGGUAGCGGAAAAGGAGUCAGAAGUCGAACUUGGUGCUAGCCUGCCCAAGCAGAAAGAAGUACGCGUAGACGAGCGAGAAGUCGCACUCGAGAUCCCCGAUCUGUUACAACUCGUCAAGGCCCUCAGAUACCACAAGGUAGGAGUGGACUCAGCGGCCUUGGCCAAGUUCGAAGGAGAAGUGCGAAAGGGAUAUUGCCUGAAUGGGAAACUAGUUAGGUACGACCAGCUGCCAUUGGAUGUUCGGGACAGGUCGUACACCGCUAUGCACACCCCCGUAGGCCAGUUACAGAUGCAAGUGACCCCUAUGGGAUUCACAAACGCGGGGGCCGAAGCGCAACGUAGAAUGCUCGCCGUGGCCGGGGACAUGUUCCCAGAAAAAUGUGAGCCUUACACCGAUGACAAUCCGAUCAAAGGCGCGCAGGAGAAGGAGGAGACGGAAGUCCAGCCAGGAAUCCGAAGUUUUGUGUGGGACGACCUGCAGGACGUCAAGGACUUACUCCGCCGGUUCCUAGUAUACAACAUUGCGGCUAGUGGACCAAAGAGUAUCCUAGCAGUACCGGAGGUAACUAUACUAGGAUUUCGCUGCGGUGCUUACGGCAGGAAGCCCGAUCCGGCAAAGACCGACAAGAUCUCACAGUGGCCAACGCCACUGCGCACGACAACGGAGAAAAGGGGGAAAAUGACUAGAGAGGAAAGGAUGAUGGAAUACACCUUUAGUGGAUGGGAACCAAGGCGACUCGAAGGAGGAAUAGAAAUGCCCAUCCCGACAGAAAACCAGUGGAGGGGGACCACGUGCGACUGGAUUGGGUUUGAGGUUGCCCGGGAAUUAUCAUAUGUAUGGAUAGAGCGGAUUUGGAACCCGAUAAGGGAAGAGGAAGGUUGGGACGAGAUAGCAGAAGGCAAAGUGGAAUCGGUCGGAACGAUUGUCCUUUUCGAAGACGGGUGGCACCUAUUUUGCACUAUGUUAGCAAUGGGACAGGAUCCAAUGUGGCUUCUAAGGGAUGCAGAUACGCGUACCCAAAAGGAAGGCAAGAGGUUCGCCAACGAGGGAUGGGACGAAGUUAGUAGCAGAGUUGUGAUGGGAGGAUGGAAGGAACUAAGGCCUCCCAGCCUACGAACAACGGCGUGGGUGCCCAAGUUCGUGACUGAGUGGUUUAGGGGUUUCGAGCACAUCGUAGACGUAGUUGACUCCAUGAAGGAGGUGCACAUAGAAUGUGCCUGGCUAACUGAGGAAUUCUAUAGGAUCUCACAAAAAUAUGGACCGUUUUACAGAGAUAAAGUCGGGGAGAUCCUUACCAUCCUAAGGAUAGGCAAGCAUGACCGCCUAGAGGUAGACGCCGAGGCUUGGGACGCCAUAGUCCGUCGGGAUGCAGCGGCUAUCCCAUCCUACGUGGAUGAUGUCUUUAAACUGUUAGAGGUCAUUAAAGGGAGAGGUAUUCGACCGCAGGGAGAACGGGUGAAUUGGAACUCGCCGGGGGGGAUCCGACAAACCAUUAUCAUGCUCAAUGGGUUAGAGAUAGCAGCGGUAGAGGCUGAGCCGGUGGUCGAUAUCAUCUGGGAUCAACUUCGGGGCCGCGGGCCGCAGGUCAACUCCAUUCUGGAAAACGAUGGACGUGAUAGGGUGAACGCGACUACUCGGCUAGGGAUGAAUGGGAGAAGGAUUAUCCGUGACACCAUGAUGGAGGAAGUUGAUGGAAGCUCCGUACCCCAGACAGAGCCCGAGGCCGGGGAGCCAGAGAAAAUCUAUGGGAAGCCUAGGGAAGAGGAGCUUACAGACAAAGUUGUUGUUGCAAAAAAGAAGUUUAGGUAUCAAAUUCCGAUCUUAUCCAUGCCUAAGAUCGAUGACACCCUUAGCAAAUUACUAGGAACCAUGGUGUCGGUGUCGUUUCAGACCAUGUUGCAGGACAGCCCUAGGUUGCUCAAAGGGCUUAGACAACUGUUGACUCGGCGGCGAGUAGGGAUAGACGAAAACCCCGAAUCGCCAGAAGAGGAAAGGGAGGAGGAAGCUCCGCAAGAAGUCGCUAACCUUCAAAGGAGUCGUGGGGAUUUGGAGGACCUCGAGAAAGCCUUUGCGGACAUCUGCCCGAGCUUGUCGGACCGUGAAGGCUGGGAAGUUAUGAGGGUUCCACUAGGGACAAAGCUUAGUUUCCAUGCGCUGCCCGUAGGGAAGUUAAAAGUGCAGAUAGGAACGCAUCACACGGACACUCUAGUAGACGGAGGCGCGGAAAUCACACUCAUAAGGAGGGAUUUCGCAACAAUUACCGGGAUAAAUGUCGGCCAAAGGUUCAACAACAAGGGGGUCAAAGACGAUGCGAGGGGGAUUUUGGGGAAAGGGGUCCAUAGCGAGAAAAAACCCGCAGAAUCCCAAGGAAUAAGGUCCGUCCUAGUUGGUAAUAUGGAAGAGCCACAAAUUUUGGAGGGUGGGUUGACAAAGAAAAGGAAGGUAGCUGAUACCCUACGAAGACUUAAGGAAAUGGAGCAGAUGGUAGCGAACUACAAGACAAGUGUGAUUGAGGAAAUGAUAAAGGACAUCGAGACUAUGGACGACACUGAACUACAUAAGGGGGAACGGCAAGGGGAGACACAACGAGAACGCAUGAUUAGGAAACCCCGUGGAUGGGGAACGGGCGGAGAUGCGAGGGUAGAACGGGGAGUUCGACCCUCUGAGGAAGAGACCGCAAAGGAAGGGAGGGAGCCAAGGCCGGACCGUGGAACGGGCCAACAGUCAGAGAAGCAAUCCUUGACAAACGAUGAUUAUAGUGAACUAGGGAACCUAAGGAAGAAACUAACAACGUGGCUAGACCAGGAAAGGAGUAUCAGAACAGAGAGUCGUCGGAGGAACAACGAAGAAUUUGAGAGUCGGGUGACAACUAAAGACGAAGCGAAAGGAGGACUGGUGGAGUCGCAUUGGCCAAACAAAGGAGUUAACGUUCAAAGAGAAAGGAAGCCAUUCAUAGUGACUACUGACGCAAGCGAAUACGGCAUUGGCGCAGUGCUGGCUCAGCAGGAUGGGAAAAAGUUGAGACCGAUUGAGUACAUGAGCAAGAAGAUGCCAUCGAAGAAGUUGGCAAAGUCCACCUAUGAAAGGGAACUCUAUGCUCUAUACAAGGCACUUGUCCAUUGGAGACACUUCCUAUUGGGAAGGUUCUUCUACUUGAGGACUGAUCAUCAGACCCUCAAAUGGAUCAAGACUCAACCGGCUCUUUCUGACGCACUCAAGCGAUGGAUUGAGGUCAUAGAUCAAUAUGACUUCAAGCUUGAGUAUCUGAAGGGAGAGUACAACAAGGUUGCAGAUGCGCUAUCACGUAGGGUAGACUACCUAGGUGCGCCAAUUUCUGACUUUGGUGUAUCUGAUGAAGUAACUCAAUCGUUGGUGGGAGCCUAUCAGGAAGACCCUGUCACGAUGGACAUCAUUAGCAAACUUCAGGCAAAAGACAAGGCCACAAAGAGUGAGUUUGUAAUGGUGGACGGGCUUCUCUAUCUUGAUAAGGCCGGAAUAAAAAGUUUUGGCAAUCGACCGGACGGGGGAAGGAUCAUCCAUUGGAAGUCCACAAAUGUCAACGGGUCGAGCUAUUCAAGUCUUGACCAUGACGUGGAAUCCCCGGCGAUAGAUGGCGGCGAAGCUGCUGAAUCGGUUGCCGAUGGUGGUGAAACCGUGCAUGCGGUGGAUUGUUGCACGUGCAGUGGUUGGUCCAGUGGUGGGACCAAGUGGACAGCAUAAUCCCUGUAAGUGAAGCGAGGACUUGCGACAUUCGCAUCCUCCCUAGAUGUGUAGGAGGCCGCUAGCAAGGCGGCCGAAUCUGGCGGAGUGAG